UACAAUCGCUCCAUCAUUAGCAAUCGAAACGCGUAUCAGGUCGGACGUGUGUGUUAUAAAGUAGUUGCGGUUGAAAAUGGUCGUGCCAAUUCGUGAAUCGCAAGAUGUGUGCGGGAACAAGAAACGCAUUCGGAUCGAUAUCAACCGGGACAAUCUGCAGAUCAUUGGGAACCAGAACCGGAUAUUGGUGAAAUCGAACGAGGGCACACUGAACGUGAUCGGCAAUUUGAACAAUGUGAAGAUUAUGCGGAACUACGGCAAGAUCAACUACGUUGGAAACGAGGGAUCGAUCUAUCUGAGUGACCAGAGCAAAUCGAUGAAUGUGAGCUACACGGGAAACAACGCUAGGAUUCGCAUCUGCGAUCACGAGCAGCUGUCGGAUCGUUUCCGCAAGGAACUAGGAAAAGAGCCACGAGAUGUGCUUCUGUUCAGCGGAGCUACCGAGACUGAAGACUGAACCGAAGCCUGAAGGGCUUCUGUGAUCAUACCGUGGAGGGCCUGUGCCCGGAAGAAGAAAUAGCAUCAAAUAACAUGACGUAGCUGAAAUUGUAGUUAACUAUUUAUUCCUAUGCAGUGGCAAUCAAAGUAUAACAGCGUUAGUAAUUCUAUCUGUGUGAAACACGAGAACAGGGGAUCGUCAUAGUAUUACCGGCAGGAUAAGCGGGGAUUUUACUGUCCCGUGUUUCCUCUGCCCAACUAUGUAACGAAAAAGGCUGAAUAGAUUAAGUGAUUACUGUUAAGAGCCAUUCGAAAUAUAAAACCAAGUGUUCCAUAAUCGAACGAAACCGAUAA